AUGGCACGAUUCCGAAUGCUUCCACGUACAUCACGUAUUGUUGCUCUCUGUUCGGCAGCGAAUUUUAUUAACGCAGCUGACAGAGUAAUUAUGCCGAUAGCAAUUGUCCAAAUGACUGAUGAGUACAAAUGGAAUUUACACUGGCAAGGUUGGAUAUUAUCAGCCUUUGCAUUCGGAUAUUUUACAAGCCAAAUAAUAGGAGCAAACACGGCCAGUAAAUUUGGCUGUAAGACUGUUUUAAUGUCAGCUGUAUUGCUGUGGUCAAUUAGUACACUAAUUACACCGCUGCUGGUAGAUUCAAUACCAUUAUUAAUAACCUGUCGAGUUAUUCUGGGCCUAGGUGAAGGUUUAGGUUUGCCCGUGAUUUUUCAUCUGUUCGCACACAGUGUGCCUGUCGAGGAAAGAUCUCGUGCAUUUGGCUAUUUAGUUGCAGCUGGUUCUGUCGGCCAAGUUGUUGCGUCUAUUUUAUGUCCGCGAAUUCCUUGGCAAACAGGUUUCUAUUUCUUCGGUACAAUCGGGAUAUUUUGGACAUUACUGUGGUUAAUACUUUAUCACGAGUCUAAUCCCCAAGACCACGAAAUACCACUUUUUGUGCCAAAGGUUAAUCAAAACAGACCUAUCCGUUGGACGGAAUUAAUUUGCCAUUGGCCAUUAUGGUCGCUUUAUAUUGCUCACUUUGCCAUGAACUGGAGUAAUUAUAUAAUAAUGCAAUGGCUCCCGACAUAUUUAUCAAGAAAUUUAUCAGCAAACAAAGAGAGUAUUAGUCUUACAGCUCUUCCUUAUAUCGUUAAUUCACUUGUCGGCAUUGCUGCAGGACACAGUGCUGAUAACUUGGUUCAAAAAAGAUGGCCAAUCUUGUCAGUAAGAAGACUAAUGACAAAUAUCGGACUAAUGGGGCCUGGUAUUUUUAUGCUGGCAUUCUGUGCUGUUGAUAAUUUACUCCUCGCUGUAAUAUUUAUAUCAAUAUCAAUGGGACUCUGCGCGUGUAAUUCAGCUGGACACUUGAGUAACCACGCAGAAGUAGCUCCAAAUCACGCCGGUAUGACCUUUGCAAUCUCAAAUACAAUCGCAACAAUACCAGGAAUCCUCUGUGGGCCAGUCACCGCAGAGUUGGUCACAGCUUCCAGCGGACGAUGGAUGCCUGUGUUUGUUCUUGCAGCUGCCAUUAACUUCACCGGUGCCAUUAUAUAUCAGACUCACUCUUCGGCACUUCCAGUUGUUUAA